CGUGUAUUUUUGCAGUUUUUUGUUUGUGUAUGUAAUGCUGCAAGGUGCGUCAGGUAAUCGUGUGUGGAUAUUGGCAGCGGCUCGGGUUAGCAACUGGCUUUAAUGAAAUUCCGCUGGCAUUGUUGGCUAACUUGUUUAGCACGUAGCAUCGUUCACCAGUCUGCCAAUGCGAAUGUAGCCGCCUAACAUGCUAACGGUGCUAACAAACGAUGGAAUUGGGGGUUUCUCUGCUGGCUUCAGAAAGCGGACGACAAUUUAAACGAGACUCCGGUAUCUUCCCAACACAUGGCACUUUUCUGUUUUUUUGCACUGGGGGGACUGAGUGAAGGCUCAAAGAUGGUCUGAUGGACCGAAGGUUUUUCCUGACUUUUUUCUUCUGCACUGUGUCGUGGAUCUUCUUCUGGGAGGUGCGCUGGAAGAAAGGAAAAGAAAGUCAGAUCAAGGAAUGGCUUCAAGGACACAGCCUCUCUCAGUACAGACACUUGUUUGAAGAUGUGCAGACACUGGAGGAACUGAGUCUGAGUGUACUGAGUCGCCUGGAAGAGGUGGUGAAGGAGCAGCAGCGCUGGAGGCAAAUCGCAGAGGCUCACAUCCAGCUGCUGAGAGAUUUCGCUUUGCAGGAGUGGCUUUGCUCUCAGAACCUGGAACACUAUUACCACACGCUGAAGACGCUGGGCUGUGCCAAUCUGGAUGAGUUGUCUGAGUUUGACAGUGAACUCCAGUUGUCUCUAGCUGCCUGGGGCUACUACUACGAAGACUACAUAAAACUGUCCACCGGCAUCAAGAUCCUCAAGACCACCAGGGGGAGUCGAGACCAGGACUACGAAAUUCGGCUGGCGCAUAGCCUUGCUGAGAGGCGUCUGAAUGAGAAGUGGUCGAUUGCGGGAGCUCUCAUUUUUGGCUGUACUGUGGCGCUGUGCUUCUUGAUACGGGACCUCAUGUUUUACGUGAUUGGUGGAAUUACUGUUUCCAUCAUAGCGUUUGUCUUUACUAUCAAGUUCCUCUGUGAGCUUGCAGCGAGGGUUGUCAGCUUUCUGCAGAAUGAGGAUCCAGGACGACGCGGAGACCGCAGCAUCUACGACUAUGUGCGGGGUAAUUACCUGGACCCACGGUCCUGCAAGGUGUCGUGGGACUGGAAGGAACCACAGGAAGUGGGCCAGACUAUGAGCUUUAGAGUUCAGCUCUUCUAUAAGAACGGUCAGCCCUUCCCUGCCCACCGGCCUGUGGGUCUUAGGGUCCACAUCACCCAUAUUGAGUUGGCUCUGGACAUCCCUGUAACACAGGAGGUUCUUCAAGAACCAGAGUCCAACGUCGUCAAAGUCACCUUCACAGUGCGCAAAGCUGGACGCUACGAGGUUGCCGUCAAGCUGGGCGGCCUCAAUGUGGCCUACAGCCCUUAUUACAAAAUAUUUCAGCCAGGUACCGUUGUUCCAUCCAAAACAAAAAUCGCUUAUCAUUUCUCCACCCUGGUCCUGGUCAAUGGGCAGCAGCACACGCUGCAGAUCGAGCCCAGGGAUGAGUACGGGAACCCCACAAGUAACUCCACAAGUCUCACAGAUGAAGCCAACUACAGCGUCCGAGUGCAUUCGCUGGGUACGGUGGAUGAUGACAAUCUGGAAGAAUACUGCAGUAAAUCAGUUUCACUCAACAAGCCACAGUGCCAGGUUUUGCUGAGACUGACCCUGAGAAAGUCGGGCUGUUUCAGGGCCCGCAUCUCCUACAAGAAGCAGCUGCUCAGCAACGGGGAAUUUGACGUUAUUGUUCUCAGUGAGAAUGAGAAGACGUGCGUGGAGAGGAACGUGUCCACUCCGGGCAUCAGUAUCUACUUUGAGGCGUACCUUUACAGCAGCGGCAACUACAGCAGUUCAACGUGGCAGUUCCCAGCCUCCUCUUUGCUGGCUCCUCAAAGGAGGCCCUCUAUGGGCGAGGAGGAGGAUGAGCACGACUCUCCCGUGGAGGGCCAGCCAGAGAAGGUGAAGAAACCAAAAAAGGUCUACUGUUACAUAUCACCAAAGCAACUUUCCGUGAAGGAGUUCUACCUGAAAAUAAUUCCAUGGCGCCUUUUCACAUUUCGUGUCUGUCCAGGAACAAAGUUUACCUACUAUGGUCCAGAUCCUGUUCACAAAUACCAAACUCUAGUGGUGGAUGAUGGGAUACAGCCCCCUGUGGAGCUCAGCUGCAAAGACAGAAACAUCAUGGCUGCCACCUUCAUCCGUUUCCUGCACAAAAACAUUGGCGGCUCCGAAACGUUCCAAGACAAAGUCGUCUUCUUUCAGCGUGAACUCAGACACAUCCACGUCAAGAAACCACGCACAAAAACCUGCCUGAAAAUCACUCGCCACUCCAUUCUGGAUUCAUCUUUAAAGGCAACAAGAAACUUCUCGGUGUCAGACUGGAGUAAGAACUUUGAGGUGGUGUUCCAGGAUGAAGAAGCGUUGGACUGGGGCGGUCCUCGCAGAGAGUGGUUUGAGCUGGUUUGCAAGACCCUGUUUGACACCUCCAACCAGCUGUUCAACCGCUUCAGUGACAACAACCAGGGUCUGGUGCACCCUAAUCCAGACAGGCCGCCCCACCUACGUCUCAAGAUGUACGAAUUUGCGGGUCGUGUCGUGGGGAAGUGUUUGUACGAGUCUGCCCUGGGCGGAGCCUACAAACAGCUGGUCCGGGCUCGAUUUACACGCUCCUUCCUGGCCCAGAUCAUUGGCCUUAGGAUGAACUAUAAGUACUUUGAGACGGAUGACCAAGAGUUCUAUAAAACUAAAGUCUGCUUCAUCCUAAACAAUGACGUGAGUGAAAUGGACCUGGUGUUUGCCGAGGAGAAGUACAGCAAGUCGGGACAGCUGGAGAAGGUGGUGGAGCUGAUCUCAGGAGGAGCCCAGAUCGCUGUCACUAAUGAAAAUAAGAUGCAUUACCUGAACCUGCUGGCUCAGUACAGACUGGCCAGUCAGGUGAGAGACGAGGUAGAACACUUCCUAAAAGGGUUAAACGAGCUGGUUCCAGAAAACCUUCUUGCCAUAUUUGAUGAGAACGAGCUAGAGCUCCUGAUGUGCGGCACCGGUGACAUCAACGUUCAGGACUUCAAGGCUCACGCUGUGAUCGUGGGCGGGUCGUGGCACUUCAGAGAAAAGGUGAUGAAGUGGUUCUGGGCCGUGGUGUCCAGCUUCACUCAGGAGGAGCUGGCUCGUCUCCUGCAGUUCACCACCGGUUCCUCACAGCUGCCCCCUGGAGGAUUCAACACCCUCAGCCCGUCCUUUCAGAUCAUCGCCGCUCCCACACACAGCACUUUGCCCACAGCACACACCUGUUUUAACCAGCUGUGCCUCCCGACCUACGAUUCCUACGAGGAGCUGCACAAGUUGCUGAAGCUGGCCAUCAGUGAGGGCAGCGAAGGCUUCGGCAUGCUCUGACCCACGCCGAGGAGUCCAGGCGAUCCUGCCAAUCCAAACACUCGGACACUUUGGUUAGGAAUCACCCAGAACCUGUAAACAGCAAAUACAACUAAUACACACUCUCAGGAUGAGAGCGUCACCAACAAGCCAACUGGAAAAUCAGGACUGUGUCAUGUGACCUCCAGUGCUGAUGUAUGUUUAAAAAAAAAAAAAAAAGAUAUUUUAAAAAAA